GUCGUGAAUGGUCUGACUGGUCUAGUGAACUGCGCAUUCCAGGUGAUGAAUUAAAAUGGAAAUUUAUCAGUGAUGGCUCUGUGAAUGGAUGGGGCUGGCGCUUCACGGUUUAUCCCAUCAUGCCAGCUGCAGGUCCAAAAGAUCUUCUUUCAGAUCGCUGUAUUCUUUCUUGCCCGUCAAUGGAUUUGGUAACAUGUUUACUGGAUUUCCGUUUAAAUUUUGCUUCAAACAGGAGCAUAGUUCCUCGCUUAGCAGCUUCAUUAGCAGCAUGUGCUCAGCUGAGUGCUCUAGCUGCUGGCCACCGAAUGUGGGCUUUACAGAGACUACGAAAGUUACUAACUACCGAGUUUGGCCAAUCAAUUAAUAUCAAUCGAAUCCUGGGAGAUAAUGAUGGUGAAGCACGAACUAUGAGUUUCACUGGCAGUGCCUUAGCUGCUCUAGUUAAAGGCCUUCCUGAGGCUUUACAGCGGCAGUUUGAUUAUGAAGAUCCCAUUGUCAGAGGUGGCAAACAACUACUUCAUAGUCCUUUCUUUAAGGUGCUUGUAGCCCUUGCUUGUGAUCUGGAAUUGGAUACCCUUCCCUGCUGUGCAGAGACACACAAAUGGGCUUGGUUUAGAAGAUACUGCAUGGCUUCCAGAGUUGCUGUAGCCCUUGAUAAAAGAACACCACUGCCUCGCCUCUUUCUUGACGAGGUGGCCAAGAAAAUUCAAGAAUUAAUGGCAGAUCAUGAAAAUAUUGAUAUCCUGCAUGAGAGCCAUGAAGUUUUUAAAAGAGAACAAGAUGAACAGCUUGUACAGUGGAUGAACAGGAGACCAGAUGAUUGGACACUUUCUGCAGGAGGCAGUGGAACAAUAUAUGGCUGGGGCCAUAAUCACAGAGGACAGCUUGGAGGUAUAGAAGGAGCAAAAGUCAAGGUUCCUACACCAUGUGAAGCCCUUGCUACACUUAGACCAGUACAGUUAAUAGGUGGUGAACAGACACUUUUUGCAGUGACUGCUGAUGGGAAGCUCUAUGCCACAGGAUAUGGUGCAGGUGGAAGGCUUGGAAUUGGAGGGACAGAGUCUGUUUCUACUCCAACAUUACUAGAAUCCAUUCAGCAUGUGUUUAUCAAGAAAGUUGCUGUGAAUUCUGGAGGAAAACAUUGUCUAGCAUUGUCUUCAGAAGGAGAAGUUUAUUCCUGGGGUGAGGCAGAAGAUGGCAAACUGGGCCAUGGCAACCGGAGCCCCUGUGAUCGUCCUCGAGUAAUUGAAUCUUUGCGGGGCGUAGAAGUUGUUGAUAUUGCGGCUGGUGGAGCACAUAGUGCAUGCAUUACUGCUGCAGGAGAUCUUUAUACAUGGGGCAAGGGAAGAUAUGGACGUCUUGGUCAUGGGGACAGCGAGGAUCAGUUGAAACCCAAGCUGGUUGAAGCACUCCAGGGCUACCGUGUGAUUGACAUCGCCUGUGGCAGUGGAGAUGCACAGACACUUUGUUUGACGGAUGAUGAUAUUGUCUGGUCCUGGGGAGAUGGAGACUAUGGAAAGCUUGGGAGAGGUGGGAGUGAUGGCUGCAAAGUGCCGAUGAAGAUUGAUUCUCUCACAGGUGUUGGUGUAGUUAAAGUCGAAUGUGGCUCACAAUUUUCAGUGGCCCUUACCAAAUCUGGAGCAGUAUAUACCUGGGGCAAAGGAGAUUACCAUCGAUUAGGUCAUGGAUCAGAUGACCAUGUUCGGAGACCUCGACAAGUCCAGGGUUUACAAGGAAAAAAAGUAAUUGCCAUAGCAACAGGCUCUUUACACUGUGUGUGCUGUACUGAAGAUGGUGAAGUCUAUACUUGGGGAGAUAAUGAUGAAGGGCAGCUCGGAGAUGGGACAACUAAUGCCAUCCAGAGGCCACGUCUGGUUGCAGCACUUCAGGGUAAAAAGAUCAACAGAGUAGCUUGUGGUUCAGCACAUACUUUAGCCUGGUCUACUAGUAAGCCUGCUAAUGCAGGCAAGCUCCCUUCCCAGGUUCCUAUGGAAUACAAUCAUCUACAGGAAAUUCCUAUCAUUGCCUUAAGAAACAGAUUGUUGUUACUGCAUCACAUCUCAGAACUCUUUUGCCCUUGUAUUCCCAUGUUUGAUCUUGAGGGACGCCUUGAUGAGACUGGCCAGGGUCCCUCAGUGGGGUUUGAUGCAUUACGAGGAAUUUUGAUAUCACAAGGAAAGGAGGCAGCUUUUAGAAAGGUUGUACAAGCAACUAUGGUGAGAGAUCGUCAGCAUGGGCCAGUUGUAGAACUCAACAGAAUACAAGUAAAGCGAUCUAGAAGCAAAGGAGGAUUAGCUGGUCCUGAUGGCACAAAAUCUGUAUUUGGACAGAUGUGUGCCAAAAUGAGUUCAUUCAGUCCAGAUAGUCUUCUCCUACCUCAUCGUGUUUGGAAAGUCAAGUUUGUUGGUGAGUCUGUGGAUGACUGUGGUGGGGGCUACAGUGAAUCAAUAGCAGAAAUGUGUGAAGAACUUCAGAAUGGACUGACCCCACUUCUGAUUGUGACUCCUAAUGGAAGGGAUGAAUCAGGAGCAAACAGAGACUGCUUUCUCCUAAAUCCUGCAGCAAAGUCUUUGUUGCACAUGAACAUGUUUCGUUUCCUAGGAGUUAUGUUGGGGAUAGCUAUUCGGACUGGGAGUCCCCUGAGUCUUAAUCUGGCAGAACCUGUAUGGAAACAACUGGCAGGAAUGAAUUUAACAAUUGCUGAUCUCAGUGAGGUUGAUAAAGAUUUUAUUCCUGGACUUAUGUACAUCCGAGACAACGAAGCUACCUCAGAAGAAUUUGAAGCCAUGAGCUUGCCAUUUACUGUGCCAAAUGCCAGUGGCCAAGAUAUUCAACUCAGUUCCAAAUAUACCCAUAUUACGCUGGAUAAUCGAGCAGAAUAUGUGAGACUUGCAAUAAACUACAGAUUACAUGAAUUUGAUGAACAAGUUGCUGCUGUUCGAGAAGGGAUGGCCCGGGUUGUCCCUGUUCCUCUUCUUUCACUUUUCACAGGAUAUGAACUGGAAACAAUGGUGUGUGGGAGUCCAGAUAUCCCUCUCCACCUUUUGAAAUCUGUGGCUACUUACAAAGGGAUUGAGCCCAGUGCUUCUCUCAUUCAGUGGUUCUGGGAAGUGAUGGAAUCCUUCUCCAACACAGAACGAUCUCUGUUUUUGCGCUUCGUAUGGGGCAGGACCAGGCUUCCCAGAACAAUUGCAGAUUUCAGAGGCAGGGACUUUGUCAUUCAGGUUCUGGAUAAAUACAAUCCUCCAGACCAUUUCCUUCCUGAGUCGUACACGUGUUUUUUUCUGCUGAAGCUUCCUAGGUAUUCUUGCAAACAGGUGCUAGAAGAAAAACUUAAGUAUGCCAUCCAUUUCUGUAAAUCUAUAGACACAGACGACUAUGCUCGGAUAGCAUUGACAGGAGAGCCAACUGCUGAUGAUAGCACUGAUGAUUCUGACAAUGAAGAUGCUGACUCCUUUGCUUCUGAUUCCACACAAGACUAUUUAACUGGCCACUGAGAAGGGAGGCCUCUUGUUAGAGACAAUGCUACAGCCCCUGAACAAAGUGCCACAAAGUAGCGUUUAUGCAACCAGUCAUUUCAAGAUCACAGUCCAAAGGCGUGCAACUAGAGAGCUACUAAUCAUUACUAAACAAGGAGUUUGUGCUACUCAUUGUAGGAAUAAUGGCAGAUAAUGGAAAUAACUUUCUCUAGCAUAAGUGGGUGCCGUACAUGGGCAUUGAACUUCUGUUUUGAUGGCUGGAGAUUCCCUUCACCCCCUUUAUGCUGCACUGCAGAUAGAACUUGGUGUUUACUGAUGUGUUGUAAAUGUUUAUAAAACAUUGGUAGUGUGGAAUUUAAAAAACUGAAAUAUUUUAAAUUGUCAGUGCAAUAGAUUUUUUUUUCAAAUUAAGUGUUGUGUUAUUUGCAUCUUCUUGAUUGUAUAUUGGAACUACUGUGCAAUUACUGAAUAGUAUUAUAAAUAUUUCAAUUAACUUUAAUAGUUGUUUUGGUUAUUAAAAACUUUUUUGA